AACGUGAAAUUUUGUAGCAAUUCGAGUGACCAAACUUGCAAUUAAUCCAUUUUAUUUCACAAUGUGUAUGUCAGUUGAAAUGAAUUUCUUACUUGUGACUUGUGAAUGAUGUAACGAUGUGAAAUUUGCCAAACCUAUUACACCUUUUUAUACCCGAAACAACAGCCAACUUGUCUGCGGUUAACAUUACUUUUUUAUAUCUGGAAAAGUGAGGAAUGUUUAAUGAAUUAGUAUUUCUCAGAUUCAUGCGUGCUUCUUUUGAUCACCAUGAGAAAAAAAAGGUUUAGCGAUCUCUCACUCCAAUAAUGGUGAUGCCAGUCAGUCACAAGUAGAGCGAACCCACAAAACACUCCUCCUCCUGAGAUCAAUAAUUAUUCCCUCCUCCUCCGACGAGCCGCCGGCGCCGGAACUCCUACUCACUACUACGUACUCCGAUGGCUGCUCUCCUGGCGACCGGCUUAAGGGCUCUCUUCCUGGCCAUGUCAUGCACGUUCGCCGCCAUUGCCAUCUACACGUACUACAACCAUCCAGCCUACCGCAAAGAGACCUACACCACAUGGUUGUGUGCCGCCAUCACUGAGUUCUACAUCCACAUGUCUCCCUUGGCGCUGUGGGUUGCCUACAAGGAGUCCAACUUUGUGCGUGCAGCCAUUUGGAUACUUGCGAUGAUCCCUUCCGGCAGUGCAGGGAUAUGCGGCUACAUAUUUAUUCAGUUUCUCAAGUUGUCGCCUCAAGAAUCUGCCCAAGACCCGAUUCACCAUGUGCUAUUGCGCCAUGAACACAAGAACUGCAAGUCGUCGUCUUCUUCUUCUUCUUCUUCUUCAAUGGUCGCUUCAAGAACCGCUUUCAUAAGUCUGGGUUGUUUAAUGAUAGCAGCUCUGGUUUCCGCCGUCUAUAUUGCCGGAUCUCCUUUCCGUAUGGAGGUCCUGCUCGCCCCGUGGGUCAUAACAACACUGAUCGACUCCGCUUUCGUCACUGUGACUCUUUCGGUGUGGGUUUUCUACAAGGAAACAAGUUGGUUAAGUGCUUCCCUGUGGGUGAUUCUACUCAUCUGUCUUGGCAGUCUUGCUGUUUGUGCUUACAUGACGAAGCAGCUGUUUCUUCUCAGUUCUCAUGAUCCAGUCUACCAAGUUUUGCUGAGAGAUGACAACUGUGCUACUGAUGCCAAGGUUCCUCUUCUGAGCAGUUCGGUGGAUCAGUUCGAUCGAUCGAGUGGCCAGGGGAACUGAUGAUGCUUGAAACUCAAACCUACGUACCGAUCUAUUAAUGCUGACCUAGCUCGAUCGAUCAAUUUUCAGCUGAAGACCAUUAAUCUCUAUCUACCUGGACUUGCCUCUCAAUGAGGCUCUAUCUUCUCUGUUGUAUUCUUCUUCUCUUUGUAGUACUGCACUCUUCGUAAGGAUCAUCUCCUUAUAUACGUACUAGUCUCCCCAAAAAAAAGAUUAAGGCCAUAAGUUUUUGUUAUAAACGCGCUGCUACGGAUCGGGAAAUCGCCGGAAUCGAUAAAGCAAGAAUACGAAAGCGAGAAUCGAAAAACACAGACACACGAUUUACGUGGUUCACUAACACGAUGUGUGUUAGCUACGUUCACGGGUGAGAGAGAGAGCCAGUUUCACUAUAUCAAGGAGAUUACAGAUUACAGAGGAGUAUGAGAAGUAUUUAUAGUACUUCUCCAUGUGGGUCUAAACCUAAUCCAAUCUGGCAAAGGAAACGGUUGGUCCAGACCAAACCGGACCCAAUGAACUGUUGGUUCAAUCCUCAACCCUAUGAUGUAUUUCAGUAUUGGACCGCGGUUCUCAAGAGUUUGGUCCGGAUCGGGAACAUUUCACACCCGUUGCUCCGCCAAUGCUUGAAGUAUCAAAAGUUUUGAGAAUUUUUAUGUGUUUGGAAUAUAAAGAAAAUCAUUUUAAAUUCUAAAAUUUGGAUUUUGAGGAAUUGAGGUUAGUUUUAGCAAUUAUGAUGAAUUGAGAUGAAAUUUCCAAAUAAAUUACACAAGUAUUUUCAUAAUUACAAUAAAAUGACAGAACUAUCCUCACACCACUACUCCAUAUUUCUGCGCCUAACUUUCCUUGCUUAGUCGCUACUUAACCUAAUGUAUAAUCAUGUGGAGAACAACCUUUUUUUAGCUCAAGAGAAAAAUGGAUUAUAGAGAAUAUUUUUAACAGAUGGAUCUUAAAAGUAUUUAAAAUUUAAUAUUUAAAUGAAAUAAAUUCUCAAAUCAUUUAAUUCCAUCGGUAGAGUUUCUUGGGAAGAAAACUUUUACAUGAAUUAAGCACUUAUACAGUUAUACGGGUACGAAACCAAACUAUUUGGCAACACCGGGACGUAGAUCAUGCAAGCAUCAUGAAAUUUCCAUCUCAAUGGUCCAAAUAAGAUUAUUUUUUUGGUGAUGAGAUAUCUUUUAAUAAAUUUAAAUCAAAACUCAAUUAUAUUAUAAUUGUCUAAAUCAAAUUAUGGUAGCAAGUGGUUUGUGGCCUAAACCUUGUGGGAAUAUUGUACAGCUGGUACUCCACACAGUGUAAUUUAACUAUUUAAGUCAAUAAUUGGCUUAAAAUUUUUAAUGAUAUAAAUAUUUUAUUAGUGAUUAAGAGACAUACAGGAAAUAAAUUUCGGCCAAGUGGCAAGAAAGCUUUCUUAUUAUAGGUUUGGUGGAUGGUCCAGUAGCGUCCCUUUUAUUGUUUGCUAGAUUUCUUUUCCGGAUAUUUAUGGCAAAAAAAUAAUAAUCUAAAUUUGUAUAAUAUAAAUUGAGCUAGGACCAGCCUGAACUGAUGUGGUAAUCUGUGCCAACUUUUUUUUUUUAAAUGGACGCAGGGCAUGAGGGAAUGACACUUUAAUUUACGCAUCCCAAAAGGAGGGGGAAUUAUACAAUACAAUUUUGAGAAGCAGGUAUUGAUCAAAGCAAGUAUGCCACUAAGAGUUUAAAUAGACUAGGAGUGAUAAUGGGUUGGGUCAAAAGCGACCCAUUAUCUUAGCUAAACUAUGUUCGGGUUUUACUCAUAUUCAUAUUCAUACAAGAAUCAAAUAAAAAAAAAAUUAAAAU